AAAUAAAACUUCAUUAUUUAUCAAACUUUGUUAAAUUUGUUAAAAAAAAAUGUACUCACUUGCGCGCAGAAUAUUAGUAGCAGUGUCCGUUACCUUGUUAAAUUAAACAAUAGGAAACAGAGAAUCGUAUGUGUUGUUUUAUAACGUGUUAUACAAAGUGUCAGUACAGUCGAGAACUAAAUAUUUUCGUUAUUUAAGUUACAUUUUAGUAAUUGUACUGAAAUAUAUGUUCCAAAUCAAUUGAUGUAGUCCUAGCAUCAACACUCAGUGCAGGUUAAAGAAAAUUGAUUGGUUAAAAACAUUAUUUGACAAAUUAACUUAAGAAAUACUUACGAGUUUUAAUGUAGUUCUGAAUUAUUUAUUUAACAUCAAAUCUCUAUCAAGUAUCAAGUCGUAAAAAAUAUUGAGACUGUAUUUCAUACCCUUAUUCCAUUGUACCUAAUAAGUGGAUGUUAGAUAAACUUGCAGUAAGUCAUUCACGUAUUAUCUUUUAUAAACAACAUUGUUCAUAAUGGUACUUUGUAAUGGACUAGCGCAAGUUGCCGUAGUAACUAGUUGUACGGUAGAAACGUGUACUUGUUUUAACUACGAGUCAGUGAGCAAGGACAAUAGUGCUCCCGGGAGCUCGUGACUCCGGCGCCUGCCAUGACAACUGACACCUAAGGGCGGUGAACGAUCCUUUACUAUACAGAGCACUAUAUAAAGGUCCCGAAACUUACCAACGACAUCAUUCGCUCUGGUGUCAUCCCGGAGCACAGUGAGGUCCUACAUCGGGACUUGAAUCGUUCGGAUAAACGUACAGCUUCUACGCAAGAAUGUCCAUGGUCAGAAGAUCUAGUAUGGACAGAAUGUCCUCUAGCAUGACGUCCAGUAUGACUGGAAUGGGGUUGGGCGGGAUUACUGGACUAACCUCGGGAAUGAGCACGCUGAGCUGCAUGCGGGAGCAACAGAUGACCAUCGGCGGAAUGCCUUCGAACUAUGUUCCUGGCUUGUCUGCUUAUUACAACAUCUCGAGCUUCUGCCAGCGUCCUGGACAAACUAGACGUUGGCCUAUGCAGCGCGCUGGACCUACGGCUCAACAUCGUCCUGGACGCUCGCACAGCACAGGCUCGCUUCACCGCAUGAAGUACUCGAUGAGAAACAGCCCUAACACGCAAUAUACUCACAACUUGAUUUGCAAGAUGGCGGACCAAAACGAACGUCGCCGCCGCCAAGACACUAUGGAGAUGAUACCUCAAAGUUAUUAUUCCCAGCAACCACUAAAGGUGGAGCUUACCGAGUUUUACUCUCGUGACAACUCCAAGGAUCACCACACUGAACAAUAUGACUUGGUGAAUGAUAACAUACUUCCGAACCCUGUACUUAGGAGGGGUCAGAACUUCUUCUUUGCUGUUCGUUUUGACAGGACCUACGACAAACAACAAGACAUGAUCCGCAUUGUCUUCUGCUUUGGUCCUAAGCCCAGUGUUACGAAGGGAACUCGUGUAGUUCUGCCAGUUAACUGGAGCAACCAGCAGGGAGUCUUCCAACACUCCCGUGACAUGAUGGGAAUGGGAAUGGGCAUGUCUCGUAUGCAGGAUACAAGCACUGGUAUGGCCACUAUGGGAUCUAUGGGUACAAUGGGUACGAUGGGCACCAUGGGAACUAUGGGUACCAUGGGCAAUAUGAGUACAAUGGGAACAAUGGGCUCAAUGGGCCCAAUGAGUGGCAUGAGGGAAACGACUACGUAUGGCGUUCGUCGCAGUUCCUUCAGCAAUGAACCAUUGCCUUUGCAACACAGCCCGCUCAGCCCCCACGGGCCCAUGGACCGACCCAUGAUGGAUCGCUAUGGAGGUACAGCUCAGCAUUCUACGUUUGGUCGUGGAUACGGAUCCCGCCACGGCUCGAUGCAGAACUUGGCGUCUCUUGCGCAUGAUAUGGACAGAUGGGACAUUAGCAUACAACGUCAAGACGGAAACACUAUUACCUUCCAAGUCCACGUGCCAGCUACUGCUCCCGUUGGUGUAUGGAACUGUUGGGUGCAGACCAACCGCUAUGGCCAGCGUGACAACCGCCACGACUACAAAUGCGACGAAGACAUUUACAUGCUAUUUAACCCGUGGUGCCGUGAAGACCCUGUCUACAUGGACAACGAAUCAUCUAGGAAGGAAUACGUUCUUAACGAGCAAGGAAAAAUUUGGUGUGGUACUUGGCGCCAACCGAAGGGCCGUAAAUGGAUUUACGGCCAGUUUGACGAUGUGGUACUGCCUGCUUGCAUGUAUUUGCUGGAACGCAGCGGUCUCGAGCAUUCAGAACGCGGUAAUCCGAUUCGUGUGUGCAGGGCUAUAUCUUCAAUGAUUAAUGCGAACCACGACGACGAUGGGCUGAUGGUUGGCCGGUACGACGGAGAGUAUAAGGAUGGCGUUGCUCCUCAUGCCUGGACCGGCUCCGUGGCUAUCAUGGAACGCUACCUCACAGACGGUGGCAGGCCCGUCGAAUACGGCCAGUGCUGGGUAUACUCUGGACUGGUGGUUACGAUUUGCCGUGCACUUGGUAUUCCUUGCCGAUCGGUCACUAACUACGUGUCUGCUCAUGAUACGAACCGUACAUUCACCGUUGACAAAUACUUCGACCGCGAUGGUAACGAAGUGCCCAAUGGACCUGAUGAAGAUUGCUAUGACUCCUGCUGGAACUUCCACGUAUGGAAUGACGUAUGGAUGCAGCGACCUGAUUUGCCUCAAGGAUACAGCGGAUGGCAGAUCAUUGACUCCACUCCUCAAGAGGAAUCCGAAGCUGUUUACCACUGUGGUCCUGCCAGUGUUGAGGCCGUUCGUCGUGGGGAAGUCGGCUUCCAAUAUGAUACACCCUUCAUGUUCUGUCAACUUAACGCUGAGCUGUGUCACUUCCAAGAAGAAGAGAACUCAGAAUGGGGUUUCAUUAGGAUGGCUUCGAACCAGUAUCAAGUUGGCCGCAAGAUCCUUACCAAGAACCCGAACCGUGACGAUGAUGAGGGCGACAGUGACAUGCUGGAGAUCACUCACGAGUACAAGACAGUGGACAGCUCGUCUCCUGAGCGCCUCGCUGUCAUCGCUUCUUGCCGCGGCUACCAGCGCCUGCAGCAAUACUAUGAAUACCCAGACCGCAACUUCGAAGAUGUUUACUUCGACCUUAUGGACAUUGAUAUUGUGCCUUAUGGCCAGCCUUUCGACUGCACUAUGAAUAUUCAGAACAAAUCUCAUGAGGAUCGCACAAUAUGGUGUGUGCUGACGGCUUCGUCUUGCUACUACACCGGCGCCAUUGCCUCACGGCUGCGAAGGGCUCAGGGUGAGUUCAUUGUACGCGCCGGACAACGUGAGGUUCUGAAGCUUCAUGUUACACCGCAAGAAUACAUGGACAAGCUGGUUGAUCACUCUAUGGUGAAGGUACACGCCAUGGCUUACGUGAAACAGACGCGCCAGGCCUGGUCUGACGAAGAUGACUUCCCUCUGCAUAAGCCAAGGAUGCAAGUGCAGGUGAGGAGCCAGCCAUGCAUAGGACAGGAAUGUGCCGUGACAUUCAGCUUCCAGAACCCACUGAAUGUUCACUUGACUGACUGCUACUUCACUUUCGAAGGACCUGGUGUGCAGAGGCCAAGACAGAUAAGGUUCCGCGACGUGAAGCCGGGUGAGUUCGUGAACUACCAGGACAAGUUCGUCCCGCGGCGACACGGCGAGCGCCGCAUCGUGGUGACGUUCUCGUCGCGACAGCUCGACGAGAUCUUCGGCUGCACCACGGUGAACGUGCGCGGCUAGCUAGCCCCCGGGCCCCGCGCGCCCUCUCCGCGCACUUCGCCGGGGCCUGCUUCUCCUCCCGCGCUGCAGAUGGACCGCUCCUACGUGUCCUACGUAGCGCCAGAACAACAUUUGUAUGUUCAAGAAGAAGAGGUAGUCAUCAUUAAGACCACCUCUUAGACUUCAACUUUUGUGAGCCCCUUUGGCUAUAGUUAUUGCUUAUUUAUGAAAAACUUUAUUUCGUGAGUUUUUUGUUGAAUGUACGAAUGUUGAAUCUAGAAUACUAAACAAAUAUCGCGAUCAUAACGAUGACUUGGCUGUCCUUAAAGGAACUUUUUAAUUUAUAAUUAUUUACGCAUGUAUAUCGUUUGUGUCACUAGCACUAUUCAAAUGAAAAAAUACAAAAAAAUGUAACGUCAUUUAUUCACGUUUUUCACAGUGUGAUAAUAAAAUACUUUACUUUACUUUAUCAAUAAGUUUAAGGAAACCGAUGCUUCAAGUGCCAUUGUUUUGAUGUUAUGAUGAACUGCUCUGAACAGGAGUGAUUAGUAUUAAGAAAUUAUAUGUUUUUAAGUUUUAUUUUUUAUAUAUUGCCCAUGGCUUAUUUUGAUAAGGUUUUAUUUAACUAUUGUAAUCAUUAUAUAACAAAAUCUAUCUACCGUAUUUACACUUAAUUACCUAAUAAUUUGCACUGUGUUUGUGUGUUUUUGGGAUCUCAAAAAUAAAGAGCAUUCACUGCAAACGAUAUCUUUUUACUUCAAUUAUCCUUUUAUUCCUUAUUUUUUUCUGUUAUCGUUCCUAUUAAUAAAAUAAGGUUAUUUUGUAGAGUCGUAGCGACCUAUCAUUACUAAUUCAAUGAGAAAGAAACGCUAGUAUGAGAACAAAGACUUUUAAGUUCAUAAUAGGUGAUUAAUACAUUUUAACACAUAAUGCAACAAUCGCUAUUACUAACAGUCACCAAAUCAUAAAACCUCAAUAUUAUUAACAUGAGUUACAUUAAUGUGGUUUACUUUAGUGCCUACAGCGCUAGUGCCACUGCAAUCUGAGGGUAACUUUUCUCACUACACUUAUACCUUUCAAUAACAAAACACGUAGGUACUCUUACAUAAGUACUAAGUACCAA